UGUUAUAUUUUUACAAUUACACUCUUGUAGUAUUUAAGUCCCACCUACAUCGCGAGCGAGUGUCCUAUGCCGCUCUCUAUGUGAUGUCCCUUAAGUUUCUGUCUGUUCUGGAGGAAUGUGGCAGCGCACGCGGCGGUUGAACCCACAUGCCCCGGCUCGGAACCUGUCUGUCCUGUUCGCGCAACCCGAUCGUGUGCCUCGCCGAGAAGCAGCUUGCGCGCUGCCUCUGACUGACUGUUUGACCAGGAGUUGAGUGACUGUGUUUGAAGCACCAUCGGUGUCCACUACGAAACCUUAUAUGCGAGGUUCCUCUCCCCCUCUCUUUGUAUAUAUAGCAUGUCCGGCCCCCUUGAAUCUCCUGUCCAUUGGCUUUUCGUGCUCUGUUUUCCUGCGUCCACCCCCAGCGCGAGCGCGCGCGCGCACACACACACACGCACACACUCACUCACUCGCCGCAGCGCACAUUGCUUUCAUUAAACAUAUCUCCCCCUCUCUCUCUCUAUCUGUGUGUGCGUGUCUCUCGCUCUCUCUCUCUCUCGCCUCUUGUCCGGCCCCCUGAUCUUUCUGUCCAUUGGCUUCUUCGGGUCUAUUUUUCAUGUCCAGCCCCUAAUGAGUGUCCAUUGGUUUUGUUAUUUCCACUCCCUCCUCCCACUCCACGGCUUUGCCCUGCCCAUGUUCUGUAUGUCUGUGUCCAUCCAUCUCCUGACGUUCAAGUUCGCAGGGACGUCACGUCCGCACUUGAACUUGCAGCUCAGGGGGGCUUUUGCCAUUUUUUCAUCUCUCUCUCUCUCUUUUCAAAAAAGCCAUGACGGCUAUCCCACAAUCCAUCUUCCCUGCGCCAUCUUUGUAUUAUUUCUAAUUUAUUUUGGAUGUCAAAGGCAUUGAUGAAGAUAUUUUCUCUGGAGUCUCCCUUCUAACCCGGCUCUCCCGAUGUGAACCGAGCUGAAAGCCACCACCAACCACCAUGUCUCGCCGCAAGCAAGGCAAACCCCAGCACUUAAGCAAACGGGAUUUUUCGCCCGAGCCCCUGUCAGCCGUGGUCUCGGAGGAGAGGCAGGAACAGCGCGGGCUGCUACAGGUAGCUCCAGAGGGAGACCAGGACCUGCUCACCUGUGGCCAGUGUCAGAUGAACUUCCCUUUGGGAGACAUCCUUAUUUUCAUUGAGCACAAAAGGAAGCAGUGCAAUGGCACUUUGUGCAUGGACAAAGCAGUGGAUAAGCCCCCCUCGCCCUCGCAUGGUGAGCUGAGGAGAGCCUCCAACCCCGUGGAGGUGGGCGUCCAGGUCACGCCGGAGGACGAUGACUGCUUAUCGACGUCUUCUCGAGGAAUCUGUCCCAAACAGGAAAACAUUACAGGUAAAGAUGAGCCCAGCAGCUACACUUGCACAACCUGUAAGCAACCGUUCAGCAGUGCCUGGUUUCUGCUGCAACAUGCCCAGAACACUCAUGGCUUCCGCAUCUACCUUGAGAGUGAGCGCGGAAGUCCGCUCACGCCGCGUGUGGGAGCUCCUUCGGGAAUGGGUGCAGAUUGCUCCUCUCAGCCCCCCUUGCAUGGCAUCCAUCUCCCAGAGGGAAGCCCAUUCAACUUGCUGCGAAUACCCAACUCUGGACGAGAUGGACCCCCUCUCCGAGAGGGUCGGUUUCCUCCUACGCCACCUCUCUUUAGUCCUCCACCCCGCCAUCACUUGGACCCUCAUCGCAUGGAGCACCUGAGCCCGGAGGAGCUGGCUUUAGCCACCCACCACCCGAGUGCCUUCGACAGGGUGCUGCGCCUCAACCCCAUACCCAUGGAUCCCCCAGCUAUGGACUUCUCUCGUAGGUUGAGGGAGCUGGCUGGUAACACCUCAGGGUCAACUCCUCCUCUCUCACCCAACAGGCCCAGCCCUAUGCAACGGCUACUACAACCAUUCCAGUCAGGAACCAAGCCACCCUUUCUUUCCACCCCUCCCCUACCUUCCAUGCAGUCGCCCUCUGGCUCCCAGUCCACCCCGACCCCUCUUACGCAACAGUCCAACACGCCAAUGAAGAGCAAGUCUUGUGAGUUCUGUGGGAAGACCUUCAAGUUCCAGAGUAAUUUAAUCGUGCAUCGACGCAGUCACACGGGUGAGAAACCUUACAAGUGCCACUUGUGCGACCAUGCCUGCACACAGGCCAGCAAGCUGAAGCGGCACAUGAAGACACACAUGAACAAGUCGUCGCCCAUGACGGUCAAGUCUGACGAUGGCUUGUCCACAGCCAGCUCCCCUGAGCCGGGAACCAGUGACUUGGUGGGUAGCGCCAGUAAUGCCCUCAAGUCUGUGGUAGCCAAAUUCAAAAGCGAAAACGACCGCCUGAUUCCAGAGAAUGGAGAGGAAGAAGAGGAAGAGGAAGAGGAGGAGGAGGAGGAAGAAGAAGAAGAAGAGGAAGAGGAGGAAGGAGAGGAGGAGGAGCUGGAGAGGGAGGGAGGUAGAAACAACUACCACUUCAGUCUCAACCUCGAGGCUGCACGGCAUCACGAGAACAAUGGUGGACGUCUGGGUGCGGGCGAGGAUGGCAUCCCGCGCUCGCUGCCUGAGGUAAUGCAGGGCAUGGGCUUGGCUGCCAGCAUGCAGCACUACAGUGAGGCGUUUCAUCAACACAAGCGAGGAGCCCUAAACUCUGACAAUGAUGCACAUAGGGACAUGUGUGAUGAGGACUCGGCGCUGGAAUCAGACAGAGUGGACGAGGGCUGUGGCUCAGCUAUCAAUGGUCGAGGCUCGUCCCCUAGUGAGUCUGCCUCUGUUGGUUUGUCGAAGAAGCUACUACUUGGCAGUCCCAGCUCACUUAGUCCUUUCUCCAAACGAAUCAAGCUGGAGAAGGACUUUGACCUCUCCACCCCUACAAUCCCCAACACUGAGAAUGUCUAUUCCCAGUGGUUGGCUGGCUAUGCUGCUUCUCGGCAGCUGAAGGACCCCUUUCUGAACUUCGGGGAUUCCAGACAAUCGCCUUUCGCCUCGUCUUCAGAGCACUCCUCAGAGAACGGAAGCCUGCGCUUCUCUACGCCACCGGGGGACAUGGAUGGUGGCGUCUCGGGCCGCAGCGGGACUGGCAGUGGCGGCAGCACGCCACAUCUCGGGGGUCCUGGUCGGCCCAGCUCGAAAGAUGGCCGACGCAGUGACACCUGCGAGUUCUGCGGCAAAGUAUUUAAAAACUGCAGCAAUCUGACAGUGCACCGGCGCAGCCACACGGGUGAGAGGCCUUAUAAGUGUGAGCUCUGCAAUUAUGCUUGUGCUCAGAGCAGCAAGCUAACACGGCACAUGAAAACGCACGGGCAAGUGGGCAAGGACGUUUACAAAUGUGAAAUCUGUCAGAUGCCUUUUAGUGUGUACAGCACCCUUGAGAAACACAUGAAAAAAUGGCACAGUGACCGCGCAUUGAACAACGAAAUUAAAACUGAGUAGCGGUGGAGUGUGGUGGCUCACUUGCCUGUUAACAGCGAAUAACACCUUACCCCACUCCCACCCUCAUCCUUGUAGAUUUCCCUGUUUCGCUAGUCCAGUGGCGGCUAAGACAACGUGCUUGGCACCACCAGCACACCCUUUUCAUUUACCGUUGAAUGCAUGAUCUGUAUCGGGGCAAUACUAUUGCAUUGACGCAAACUUGGAGCCUUUCUCUUGUGCAAUAAUUUACAUGUUGUGUACUUUUUCUUUUUUCUUUCCCAUUUUGGAAAAUUUGACAGCAUGCAUGAUAUAUUUGGGCUAAUUUUGAAAAUAAAUUGUCCCUGGUUGGUUAGUUGUUUAGUAAAUGUGUUGCUGUUUUAUCGUCAUUAUUUUACAAAAGGUUUUUUUCUUUAUUUUUCUUUUUUAUUUUGAGAUCAAAGAAAAAGAAAAGAAAAAAACAACCAUGCUGCAUACAUUCUGUAAUACAUAUCAUGUACAGUUUUGUGUUGUAACAUGGAGGACUACAGGCUAUCACUUAACCCUCUUUGGAUGGGCUGGAAAUCGCACUUAAACUAAUCUUUCAAAAAGAUGUUCUGUCCACAUAGGGUUAAAAUACUAAUUGGCCCCUAUUACGGAAUAAAAAAAUAAUGACAGCCUUUGGAUUUCUUAAAAAGGAAACAGCAUUAAGAUUUGAAUUUGUACUAUCAUUUGGUAAAACAAACAAAAAGAGUGCCUUGGAUAUCUUGAAAUUGCAUUGGUUAAUCUCAUCUGCUGUAAUUCUGGAGUCUCAGCUAGAUACUACAUAAGGAUCAAUGGGAUCCUCAAAAGGUUCUUGCAUCAAGUACCUUACCGCUAUAGUCAACUGUGACUUUAGAGAGAAAUAGUAAUAAUCAAAAAUCUAAGGAAAUUUGUAGUUAAUCACCAUUAGGUACCUAUGUAAAGCGUAUCCUUCCAUUGUGGUUUAUGUCCUGAGCAUGGCACAUGCAGUAUAUCGUGUGGGAUUCAGCCUUGUUUACUUCUUCUAUCUGAAGGUACUGUACUUGGCGGUACAAGUUUUCAGUCCACAAUCAUUUGACUUUCUGUGUUUGUUCGAGUCUUCUCUUCAGUAGCACAACAUUUUGAUGUUUCUUUGAUGACCAUUGUUAGCGUGAACGUCCAUUGCGAAGGAACACCUGAGGGCAUUUGGAGCAAACUAAUGUAAUGUACACUUGAGAAUUGGUUAUUAAGAAAGCAUUGAAAUAUUUGCAGCUGUCAGUGAUGAUUAACUAUGAAUUGCCUACAGGUCUGAGUCAAAAUCUUAUUUCUUUAUUAUUGCCUAUGUCUGAGCUCCCUAAAAGACUAAAUGAACCUGAAAGACCGACCGAGCGAGAGCGAGACUCAGAGAGAGGGAAAACCUUACACGUCACUUUUGUUCUUUUGUUUUGUUUGAGUUUCACACAUGGUGUGGUAUAAGUUGACAUUCAAGGAGACUCUUUUCCAUUGUUGCAUUAUGACAUCAAUGACUCCAAAACAACAUUUUUUGGUGUUUAUGCAGCACCUGCCACUCUGCCCUUCUUUUUAUAUUAGACAUGCUAAUUGGAGGUAUAGUAGUUGAAUAUAAAUUAAAAUUGCUUGCUUGUUGGACAACGAAGUGCACUGUUAAAGUUUCCCAGUUUACAGGUAUUUCACGAGAGGGAAAACUUCCUAAUGAAUCGAACAUGGUGUCAUUGUUUAAUGUAAAAAAGCCAACUCCUCCUCUCACCUCAUGAAGAUAAAGCCCAACUCCAAUAUAAUAUUAUUGUGUCAAAGCACACAGUGCUUGACAAAGUACGGACAAUUGAAACUUGCUGCUUUCACUGCAAGAACUUUUUUUGUACAAAUCUUUUUUUAAGUAUGAAAAUAAAAUGACUUUUUUAAAAAGUAACAUUUCAUUAUCUUAGGGGAAACUGUAUUUAAGUUUGUUGUUUCUCUUUUCCUCUUUGUCUUGGUGGUGUUCAAGACUUGAUCACAAUAUAUAUAAAAUGGGAAAAAUCUGUGAUUUUUUUUCCUGCUUUUUCUUUCUUUUUUCAUCUUGGCUCUUCACAGCUCUUCAGGUCAAACUUGCAUUGGGGAAAGGUUUAAGAUUAUAUAUAAAAUAUAUAAUAGAGAAACUUAAAUAUAGGAAAAUGCACAUCAUGUCAGUUCCUAUGCUAAAACACAUUUAUGGUCUACUUUCUUCUGUAUUUCUAGAAUGGUAUUUGAAUUAAAUGUUCACCUAGUGUAGGUACUACAGUAUUUAUAUUGAGGCUUGUAUUUUUAACUGUUGCUUGUUCUCUCAAAAGGUAUUAUUGUACCUUUUUUGGUAGUGGAAAAAAACAACAAGCUGCCACGGUAUAUUUUUUUAAUUUGGCAGGAUAAUAUAGUGCGAAUUAUUUGUAUGUUUAAAAAAAGAAAAUGGAAAAAAAAAAUCAAAUUAAAAAAUUAAAGUAUGUGGCAUUGUACAAAGGAGGCCAUUCAAUGGUUUCCCCCGAGGAGUCUUUUGAGAAUGUCCACACUAGCUAAAACAGGUGGUUGUACAUAUCUUUUUUCUGUUCUUCUUUUUAAAAACUCCUCUGCUGCCAUUCUGUAUGCAGUACAGCAAGCUAAUGUUGGGUUGUUCUGUAGUGUGCUUCUGUCUUUUCACCUGUCUCACCUGAAUACAUUCCAGCAUCUUGAAAAAAAAGCUAACUUCAUAUGCAGUAAAAUACCAGUAAAUAAACAAACAAAAAUCAUUCAAAUAAAUGAAUUCAAAUAAUCAAUGUUUUGCAGGUGUUUUUUUUUUCAUUGCCAAAUAUUAAAUGGUGCUUUAUAUUUAGAUUGGGAUGACUUUCAUAUGCAAAGCAUAUUUAAAAAUGAAAUGGAACUAAAGGAGCAGCCCACUUAAGUUCAUACUCUUUUGUAAAUGGCAAUGCGGAAUAUUUUGUUAUCAGCCUUUUCUAUUCCUGUUAUGAGAGCUGUUUGUUGUAACUUGAACUUGAACUUUAUCUUUUUCAAUGGGAGUCACUAUUUAUUAUUGCUUAAAUACUCUGUUCAAAACGGAGACAUAGAAUGGAUCCUUUUUUGUUUGUUUGUUUUCAUUUAAUUUUUUUCUUUUUUUUUUUAAAAAGAAAAGAAUGACCAAAGGUCAUUGACAGACUUGCUUUUUUGUUGUUUUUGUUUCUGGUCUAUGUUGAGUUUUAUUGGAGAAACCACUGUCUGUGUUUUCUGGCAGUUGUCUACAUUAUCCUGUUCACCAACCAAUUUUGUCCCUUUAUUGAAAACAAUUAAUAAAAAAAUUAAGUAUA